AUUGUGUCCAUCUGGUUGUUCAAGUUUAUUGAAGAAAUUUAAUACUGACUUCCUUGUAAAACUAGUUGCUUGGAGAAGUAUAAAGUAUGGAAAAGGCACAAAAAAAUGAAGAAAAUAAAAUUAUCCCAAUCCACCCAUAUAAGAAAGCAAAUAUAUUAUCUAGAAUAUUUUUUAUGAUAUUUUUUGUUAAGGAUUCCAUGUAGCAGCUCAAAAACAUAUAAAAACAUCUGAAACACUGUUGCCAGGUGUAAAGGUGGCUACAUAUAAGUAUAAUAUGAAUAUUAUAAAAAUGAAAUUAAUAUUACUUGCAAUUUUGUUGCAACAGAAAAAUGAAAUAGCCCAAUCCUAAAUGAAAGAAGAUGUGCUACAAAUGUUAUCAUCUUAUUAGCAGGAAAAUAUUUAAAGUAUAAUGGGCUUGAUAAUAUCUCAUUUCUAAACAAUACAAGAAGUAAUUGAACAUAACAUACAAAAGCAAAGGUGUUUUGCAAUUCACGUUAAGCAACUGUUUGCUGUCUCUUCAAAUAUACUGCUGGCAGCCCUUUUUGAAGCCAAGUUUGGUCUAUUUUCACUUUAGUACUUGUCUUGUUAAUUUAUUAUCACAUUUUCGUUAUCAGUGUAUCACUGUAAUGAAGCAAGAUGGCUUUUUCCAUUAUUCUACAAAGGCUAUUAUGAAACACUAUCCGAAGAUGAUCUAUUUCCUAUUUUAAAUGAGCACGAAUCAACCUAUCUUGGAAAUAAAAUUGAGAAGUUAUGGAACAAAGAAAUAAAUCGGAAGAAAAGCAACUUUUCUUUGUGGAGAGUCCUCCUAAAAUGUUUUGGAGCUGAGUUGGGACUCUUGGCUAUUUGGUAUUCUUUUAGUGAACUGGUUGUUAGAUUGGCCCAACCUCUUAUUUUAUCACAAAUAUUACUUUACUAUGAGCCACAUUCAACUAUGUCUAAAGGUGAAGCUUAUUUGUAUUCUUCGUUACUGGUUCUAUCAUCCGCCAUAUCCAUGAUAUCACAACACAACUUUAUGUUGUACCAGUUUAAUAUGGGACUAAAAAUCAAAGUAGCCACAACAGCGCUGGUCUACAGAAAGUCGUUAAAGCUUAGCAAGUCUGCAUUAGCUAAGACAAAUAUUGGACAAAUGGUUAAUUUAAUAUCAAAUGAUGUUGGAAGAUUUGAAACAGCGAUCAAACACGUUCAUAAUCUCUGGUUAGCACCAGUCGAACUUUUAAUUGUAAUGGUUCUGAUGUAUUUUUAUGUUGGAGUAAGUGGAAUAGCUGGGAUUCUGUUCUUAAUAGCUUUUAUACCAUUUCAAAUGUGGCUUGGAAAGAAAACCUCUGUAUUUCGACUAAAUACCGCUUUAAAAACCGACGAACGAAUCCGCCUUAUGAAUGAAAUUAUUUCUGGAAUUCAAGUGAUCAAAAUGUACACCUGGGAAAAGCCAUUUGCAAAAUUUGUUGAAAUUAGUCGUAGGAAAGAGAUGAGAGAAAUUCAGAAAACUUCAGUUAUUAGAGCGAUAAUAAUGUCGUUUCACCUUUUUAUCAACAAAUCCGCAAUUUAUUUGUGCAUUCUAGUUUUUGUCUUAACAGGAAAUAUUCUUAAUGCACAGUAUGUUUACGUUGUAACUGGAUUCUAUGGCGUUUUAAGAAUUAUAAUAUCAAAGCGAUUUCCAGAAGCUGCAACCCAAUUAGCUGAAGCUAUGAUUUCUGUAAGACGAAUUAAGGUAUUUUUGAUGAUGGAUGAGAUGGAAUUUGACUCAUCAUCAACAUUUUAUAAUAAUUACAAUGAUAAAUCUUCAGUAUUGUCAAAUGGCUUCCUAAAAGAACCUAAAUCAUCAGAAAAUCUAGUUGACUUAAAAAAUGUGUCUGUUAAAUGGAACAGUGAAUUAGAAGACUACUCUUUGGAAAAUAUCACUAUGACUGCCAGUUCAGGAGAUUUGGGUGUUAUUAUUGGUCCUGUUGGGAGUGGAAAGACAACCCUUCUUUACACAAUUUUAAGAGAGCUUCAUCCAUUGGUGGGCAGCGUUCAUAUUAAUGGUACUGUAUCUUACGCCUCUCAGGAACCAUGGCUUUUUACAGGUAGCAUAAGGCAGAAUAUAAUUUUUGGUCAAGACUUUAACCAGGACAGAUACGACCAAGUAAUUAAAUCAUGUUCUUUGGAAAGUGAUUUUAAACUCUUCCCUUAUGGAGACAGGACUGUUGUUGGAGACAGAGGCGCAUCUUUGAGUGGCGGACAAAGAGCACGAAUAAAUUUAGCCAGGGCAAUAUACAAGGAUGCUGAUAUUUAUCUGUUAGACGAUCCUUUAUCAGCAGUUGAUACACAUGUAGGAAGAUAUAUGUUUAAGGAAUGCAUUCAAGAAUAUCUUAAAGAAAAAUGUGUGAUUCUUGUAACACAUCAGUUGCAGUACUUAAAGGAUGUUAAGAAGAUAUAUCUGAUGGAUAGUGGCAAAAUUGAUUUUUCAGGAACUUAUGAAGAAAUAGCAAAAAGCGAGAAAGAGUUUGCUCAGCUGUUUAAAGACCUAAAAGUUUCUGAAAGUGAAGAAACAAAUGAUAAAGAUGAUUCUGAUGAAAAUAUGAAAGAUGGUAUAGAGGAGAGAAAAGAAAUAAAGGAUACUAAGGAAUCUUCAAACAAAGAACCAAAGGAUAAUAGAGAGAAUAGAGAACUUGGAACUAUUUCUUUUGGAGUAUAUAAAGUAUACCUUGCAAGUGGGGGCCACUGGUGCAAAGUAGUAUGGAUCCUUCUUGUAUUCUUAUUCGCCCAAUUAUUUAGCAGUAUAUCUGAUUAUUAUGUUACAUGGUGGGUAAAUGGUGAAGCUAUUAAGAAAUCUAGAGGUGAAAUACGAGGAUUAGACUUAUCUAAUACAACAAAUCCUCCAGAAAUAUUUACAAAUACAAGUACUUCGGAGCUAAAUAAAACAGUAGAAACGUCCGCCUUUCAAGAAUUUUGGUUGAAUAACAUGACCGAAGAGCUCUGUAUUAUGGUCUAUUCUGGGGUUGUGAUAUUUUUAAUUGUAUUUGCUAUGGCAAGAUCCCUGUUUUUCUUCACAUUUUGUAUCAAGGCAUCUAAGAAAUUGCAUAACAGCAUGUUUGAUAAGAUAGUUUAUGCCAAGAUGUUAUUUUUCAAUACCAAUCCAUUUGGUAGGAUUUUAAAUAGAUUUUCAAAGGAUAUGAAUCAAGUGGAUGAAGUACUCCCUAUAACUUUGAUAGACACUAUACAGAAUGGCCUUACUGUUUUGUUUACAACAAUUGUUGUAGCUACUGUCAAUCCUUGGAUGCUAAUACCUACAGUUAUUAUCUUAUUUCUGUUCUAUCUUUUGAGAGUUAUAUACAUGGCCACCAGUAGAGACAUCAAACGAGUGGAGAGUACAACGAGAAGUCCUGUAUACUCACAUUUUACUGCUUCACUCCAAGGACUAACCACAAUAAGGGCUUUUGGCGCUCAAACGAUCUUGAGCAAGGAAUUUGAUGCGCACCAGAACAGAAAUAGCUCCGCCUUCACCACAUUUCUGGCCUUAGGUAGAUGUUUUGGUCUCUGGUUAGAUUUUCAGUGCGUUAUUUACAUUGGUCUUGUAACAAUGAGCUUUUUAAUAUUUAAAACUGAUGCUCUAGGAGGAUUCGUUGGCUUAUCCAUAACACAGUCUCUCACAUUAACUGGUAUGUUCCAGUGGUGUAUGAGACAAUGGGGCGAAUUAGAAAAUGCUAUGACAAGCGUUGAAAGAAUAAGAGAAUAUAUUGAUAUCGACCCAGAAACUACUAAAGUAACAAAAGACCCUCCAAGCGAUUGGCCAUCAGAAGGAAAUAUCACUUUCAAAAAUCUAAGUCUGCGAUAUGAUAUAGGCGAGCCUAAGGUUUUAAAGAACCUGACCUUCAGUAUAAAAGGAAAAGAAAAAGUUGGAGUUGUAGGUAGAACAGGAGCUGGAAAAUCUUCUUUAAUUAUAGCUUUAUUCAGGCUUGCUGAGAACGAAGGAAUAAUAGCCAUAGAUGAUAUUGAUAUAAGUACAAUAAGUUUGGAGUGCUUAAGGUCGAAAAUAUCUAUAAUACCUCAGGAGCCAGUACUGUUUGCUGGAACAUUAAGGAAAAAUUUGGACCCAUUUGAUGAUUAUGAUGAUAAGGUAUUAUGGAAUGCGUUGGAAGAAGUGGAACUGAAAGAUGUCGUAAGCGAUUUACCCAGCGGUUUGGAAAGUCGCAUAAUAGAGGGCGGUUCAAAUUUUAGUGUAGGCCAAAGACAACUGGUGUGCUUAGCUAGAGCGAUAAUAAGAAAAAAUCGCAUAUUAGUUCUCGAUGAAGCUACUGCAAAUGUGGAUCCCCAAACUGAUGCCCUAAUCCAGUCAACCAUCAGAAAUAAAUUUGCUGACUGUACUGUCAUUACAAUUGCUCACAGACUACAUACUAUCAUGGAUUCGGAUAAAAUAUUGGUCAUGAAUGCUGGUGAAAUAGUUGAAUUUGGAAAACCUUUUGAAUUGUUGGAAAACACCAAUGGACAAUUUUAUGAUAUGGUACAACAAACUGGGAAGGCUAUGACAGAGAAUCUGUUAUCCAUAGCAGAAAGGACUUAUAAAGGAGUACCUAUGUGAUAUUGAAGAUAUUGUAGUGAUAAUCUAAACCUACUUAAUACUCUGUGUUAGAUGUAAGACAUACUUAAUAUUUUUUUAGCUGAAUAAAAUGUUCAUUGUUCCUGA